CCAGAUGUAUCUGACAGUGUACAGAAGUUUUACUGCAUUUUAUGAAAAGUAGAGACAAUCAGUUGUACUCGCAAGCAAAUCCAAGGUGAGACAUGGCCGCUGAUCUGGACAUGGUGAACCUCCUUGUCAUCGCUGCAGGGACGCUGGCAAUUCCCAUUUUAGUUUUUUUCGCCUCCUUCCUUUUGUGGCCGUCAGCACUGAUCAAAGUGUAUUACUGGUACUGGAGGAGAACUCUGGGUCUCCAGGUUCGGUAUGCCGACUGUGGUGGGUAUCGCUUUUGUUACUCGUACAGAGGGAAACCAGGGAUGAGACCUUCCAUCCUGAUGCUACACGGCUUCUCAGCUCACAAGGACAGCUGGCUGACUGUCGUCAAGUACCUGCCCAAGCAUCUGCACAUCCUGUGUGUGGACAUGCCAGGCCAUGAAGGAACAACACGCACCAACACAGAUGAUUACUCCAUUCUGGGGCAGGUCAGGAGGAUCCACCAGUUUGUGGAAAACAUUCGCUUAAACAGGAAGCAGUUUCAUAUUGUUGGAACCUCCAUGGGAGGUAAUGUAGCUGGAGUCUAUGCUGCCUGCUAUCCCUCCGAUAUCUGCAGCGUGACACUCAUCUGUCCAGACGGUGUUAGGCACCAAUGUGAGACCAAAUUUGAUAAUCACCUGCAGGACCUGGAACACAGCAACUACACACUAAACAUCCCGCUGAUCCCAACGACACCAGAGGAGAUGGAGGACAUGUUCAGACUGUGUUCGCAUGUUCGCUUCAGAAUCCCUCAACAGAUUCUUCAAGGAUUGGUGGACGUCCGCGAACCUCACAAUAACUUCUACCAAGAAGUUUUUAUGGAGAUUGUUGGAGAGAAGUCCAGGUAUGCCUUACAAGAACAUCUCCAGCAGAUCACAGCACCUGUGCAGGUGAUAUGGGGCAAACAAGAUCAGGUUGUCGAUGUGUCUGGAGCUACAGUGAUUGCCGAGAUGCUACCUGGAUGCAGGGUGGACCUGCUGGACAACUGUGGACACGCCGUGGUCAUGGAAAAACCGAGUCGGACUGCAAAGCUCAUCCUGGAGUUUAUAAUCCAGCGACAGGAAGCUCGGGGAGGUGCAAAGAAAUCAUCCUGAAGUUCUUGAUUCUGCUUGGACCUUAAGGCCCACAUAUUGUCAGGUGUGACAGAUGACGUCACCAGCUACAAAAUCUUGUCAUUCAUUCGGUUAUCGAAGUCAUUCACUUUGACAUUAAAACAUGAACACAACUCCGGAAACGAUUUAUUUCAUAGUUUGAAUGUGCGCUCUGUCUGCUUUGCUUAGUCUGUCAAAAGUAUGUGUGUUCCAAAAUCUG